AUGAUUAAAGGUAAAUUCGUCUGCGCCUUAAACUCAAAAACCAUUCAAACUUCAUAUGAUGGAUGUGCAGUAUGGCUUUGCAUAGUAUCAAUUUACUGUUCUUCAUCCACCAUAAAUCCAUCUGAUUCAGAUCAAAAGAUGUUUCGGGCACAAGCACAAGCCAAUUUCCAAAGUGCCAUAAAAAAAGAAAAAGAAGAAAUAUUUCUAAUAGAGACUGCAUAA